GAAGGUUAUUAACUCAAUAAAUCAACUGGACAGAGCUCUAAGGGUUGGCUAGAUGAACUAGAAGUUAUACACUCCCCAUACACACUUUGAUUCUUCUUUCUUCUAUCAUGGCUACUCUGAGAGGUACACGAUGAGGAUUCUGAUGAUUCUCCUCUUCCUCCUCCUUUAUGAGGUCUCUGUGGCCUCUAUCACAGAGUCGAAGGAUUCUCCGGCGAAGACUAUAGGGGUUACUCUGGAUAUUUCACAACCGAAUCUCUCCAUCUUUGAAGCAUUGAAUCUAAAGCCACAUAGCAUAAAUACGCCAUCUUACACAGCAAAGCCUGGUUAUUUUAUAGAAAAGGUGGUAGAAGGAGAUGCUACCGUCUGUGAGUGUUUUCCAAAGGGAGCAUUCAUCAAAGUCACACGAUGCUAUAGAAAAGACCUAUUUGACAUUAUCCAUGUAUAUACUAUAGAUUUAAAUGGGACAAAGAAUGCCCGCUAUUUUCUCAAGAAGGAUGGUAAGUGGUCCUCCAUAGGUGAAGAAGAAUUUUAUGACCACUUUAAUGCUCUGUCAAUCACUGGGCAUGAUUUUGAGGACAAGGUAUUUAGCCUUAGUGGAACCAAGAGUGACUGGAACUUUUAUAUAAAUAAGUCUCCCAAGUCCCUCUUUGCUGUAUAUGGAACUAGAAGCACAACAAGGGUAUCAGAAAUUAAGACCAAAAACCGUGGUGGUACCACAAUAUGGAAGAAAAAGAAGGAUGAGUGGUGUACCAAACUCACUCUUUAUCCCAGAGAGGGAGAUCAUAAACUCCUCUGGAUAGUCACCAAGGACCCAUAUGAGAAUGAGAAUAUUCUCUACUACUCCAAGAUGAGUGGGUCAUGGAAGUCUGUUGACAAGAAUGGGUAUCUGGAAGACUUAGCAAAGGCUGGCUUUGACAAGUCAACCUUUAAUGAUAGGGUUACUCUAGAUAUAUCCAAUGUAGACGACCAACUCUUCUUCAUUGACAAAUACCAAGUUGACAUUAUAGUAGAAAACAGACACCAUGUUCUUCCGGGAUUUAGAAUGAACAAGGUAGUGCAGGGUAAGGAUAUUAUCUGGGAGUCUUCGGAUGAUAGAUUCUCUAUCCACUUUAGUUUUCAUGGUAUAGGUGAUGACACCUCACUUGGUGCUCUAUUUACCACGAAUACCAAGAAGGAGAAUAAAAUUAUCUAUUACGGAAAACUUGAUGGAAAGUGGGUGACUAUCACCAAGGAUGAAUAUGAGGACAUUUUGGCCGGUAGGAAUAAUCCAAUUUACACUCACAAGGGUGACGGAAAAAUUGUAAUGAGUAGUUUUAAGAAUAAGCAAGGUCGACGGAUCGCAACAUAUGCCUCCAGAGUUGAAGAUGCCAAAGCAGACAUUCUUCUUGUCCAUGGAGCUCGUUCACAUCUUACGUCAGACUUUCUCACAUUUAACAUGGACUGGAACUAUGAGCGUUAUGGCUUCGAGAUAUUCCCCUAUUGCAGUAUUUUUGAUGAACCAGUAACUGUCAAGAAGGUAUCAAAUGCAGAACGCUAUAGAUCUUACUUUGAGUACAAGACCCUAGAAGGAAUGAACCCGCUAGAUAUUCUUCACAGGUCUCAAUACAGGGCUACCUUUGUAGAGGCUCUUAAUAGACUUGGGUAUAAUGUCUAUAGUUAUGACCAUCAAUCACAUGGGUUCUCCGAGGCAAAGACUGAAAAUAGAUGUCAUGCUGAAAAAUUCAUGGAUUAUAUUUAUGAUGUCAUGCAAUUUGUGAGUAUAAUGAGGAGAGGUAAAUUUGGAGAUACUAAUGAAGAGUGGGAUGAUACCACAGUAAUAGCUAGUCAUGAGACGAAUAGAAAGAUCAUCUUCAUUGGUUAUUCACUGGGAGGAAAUAUGGCAAUAAGAGCUAUAGAAAAGUUUUACAAGGAGACAAAGAAUCCCAAUGCAAAAUUUGUGGAUGGUCUAAUUGGUCUUUCUACCAUGCUUAAUGUUGAUCCAUACCUUGAUGUGUGGUACAAAAAAGCAGCAAGACCAUUUGAAGAGGCUAUCGCAUGGAUGGAUCCAAAAUCAAAGAGUCCAUACCAAUAUCCAUAUAACAUUGCUCUCCACUUUGAAAGAUUUGCCGAUUAUCAUACUGACAUUAUUUAUUAUAGUGAUCGAUACACUAGAAAUAUGGCGAUGUCUCCUUUUAGUGCAUGCAGAAGGGCUAUGAAGAAUCAUAGGAAACAGUUUUAUCCCAAAGAUUUACCAUCCUUGUUUGUACAUAGUACGAAUGACAAUCACUGUGACAUAAAGGGUCCAAGGAAGAUGGUUAAUAAGAGACUCAAGGAAAGCAAAGUUGCGAAACUCGUAGAAUGGGAAGGAUCUGGACAUCAUAUAGUUGCUAUUCAACUCAUUCCUAUCUUGGUACCGUUGUUAGAAAGGUGGCUAAAUGGUCACUUUCCAGAGAUGAAUAGAAAGAGACCAUUACAGGUUACUCAGAAGAAACUCCGUAAUGUUGUACCUAAAGAAGUCGUUACACGACUAGAAGGAACUACUCUUGACCUCUCUAACCCAGACUCUUCUUUAUUCUCUCUGGCUGACGAUCCAAUUCAUGGAGUGAGUCAUAAGGCAUUUGUUCCCAAGGAUGGAUCUUCUGUAGUGACUAUAGUGGACGACGGAGAUACCAUUUGGACUUCUACAGGCCCUAAAGAAGGAUGCACAGGUGCCUAUCUCUUCUCCAGGGAAGGACACUCUUCUCUUCUUAGUGUCUAUACAAGGGGUGCCGGAGAUGAGACCUUUUGUUUUGAGAAAGUUGAUGGAGCAUGGAAGAAUGUGGACAAGCUGGAAUUUGAAACUAAACUUCUCUCAAUGAAGGACUUUGCUGUACCAAUUAGGGGCUCAGAUAGCACUGUAUAUGGUAGUAAAGAACUUGUGGAGCGGCCGGAGGACUCCAAGAUCGAACUUAAAUUCUCUGAUGAGCCUUUGGAAAAUGCAAGUGAUGGAGCAUCUACAACUGGAAUAGAAUCAGAAUAUACAAUGAAACCUUUUGCAGAAAAUAUGAAGGAACUUGAAUAUUUUAGGAAAGUUCUACUAACAAAGACACCGCUCCCGGUGGUCGACGAGUUUACUCUUGACAUUUCCAAGGAUCCAAAGGAACAUUUCAUAAAACUUGUUGAUGAUGUUGAUAAUGGUUACAAACAGAAGAAAUACUCUCCCCUCUAUGGAACUUACAAGAGGACAAUAGAUGGGACAUUCAACAAGGUUGUAGAUGGUCCCGCUGUUAUAUGGAUAGCACAGCCAAACGAGAGAUGCGGAUACGUCAGUUGUUUGACAAAGGACAAUAAACCAGAACUUGUGACAGUGGCAGUUUGCGGAAGGAGUGACUUUGUCGCAUACGAUCGUUUUGCUAAAGAUGCUUCUGGAUUGUGGAUGAGCAUAACCGUUGAAGCAUUUGAGAAGAAAAUGCAGACAAUCAAGACCCCGAAAAAGUGGUGUGGCUGUCUUCCAAAAUGCUGGUAG